GUAUCUUAUCCAAGGCAAGAAACAAGAUGGCUGCUCUAACAUGCUCACACAUGAACCGAUGUGAACCUCACGAGAGUCACGAGAUUACGGGCACCUUGAUUUUACUGUCACGAAAUAGCAUAAAGUGAUGUCUUUUACAACAACUUAAAUAUUCUGCUAGAUGUGUAUGGACGUGGUUGACGAGUGCAAUGUCUUGGAUCGUGUGGACAACGCGUUUCUUCGUCGACACUGGCUUUCUCGUAAGCGGACGGCGACUGCCAAGUGUCGUGCUUACCGGCUGUGUUCGCUCACUGAAUACGAAACCACAGUCUACAGAUGGUUCUACAACAGAAGGAGACUCCAAUGUUGUUCAAGAACAUCCAAAAUACAUAGAAACUGAAUCACAGAAACGCAUUGAACUCAUUUGUGAACUUCUAAACUGUUCAGCUUCGACAGCCACGGGUCUUGUGAUGCAAAAUAAGAAGAUACUGUCCGUCAAAGAAGAAAAUCUAGCCAAGAGCCUAGGAAUACUGAAAAUUCUUUUUCCACUUAAAAGUAUUCUGGCUAGCCCAGAAUUAAUGACGUUUCAAUUUGGUGUAGUCGAACAGCGAUACCACGUUCUCGAAGAGUUAGGCGUGAAAAAUGUUACCACCGGCAGAGUCCUCAGGUACAAGGAGCUGCUAUCACGACCGGUAUACACACUGAAGCGACACCGCCUUAUACCAGCCGAUCUUGACCCUGCACUGGAGAUCCUUUCACGCCUGGAUGUUCCGAAACACGUUCAGGCUGAUAUCCUUUCAAAGCUUCCACUGCACCACACAGUGAGCAUGAGCACGUUCAAGAUGAGAUACCACAUCCUAGUCGGCUAUCUCUGCUGGAGACUUCAGUGCACCGCGGAAGAACUCGCGGAAGUGGUCAAGAAAUACCCUUCUGUGGACAAACGCAGCCUGCUGUUUUUGAAACAAACCAUCGAUAUCCUUGUGGAAGAGUUCAAGUUCUCAACUACAAAGAUAAUGCGCAACGGGUUCCUGCUUUUGUGCCAUCCUGGCCACCUCGAUGCCAUCCUCAGCCAAGUGAAACGUCUGGGAGGAAUGGACACCCGCCGUAUUGGUGCCCUGUGCCCUCGCUUGCUCACCGUUGUUCCGGAGCAGCUGCUGCGCAUUGAGAGUGUCCUGCAGGAGCACGGUGUCACAGAGGCACAAAUACAGCGCUGUCCUGGAAUCUACACGUUGUGCCCUCGCACGGUCGAUGCAAGGUUGAAGGAGCUUCAGCAGGUCUCAGAGUUUGCGGUGCGGAAGAGCAUGCCUCGCAUGCUCAACCUUGUGUACCACUGCAGCAAGGCGGCUCAGCGCAUCGAAAUCCUCGCCGAAAAGAACCACACCCCAAUCUCGGCUCCCAUCACGAUCAACACGCUGACAGCAGCAACGCACAACUUUGACAAGGUGCUCUACAGCGGAGGAGACAUGCGCUGCGGAAGGGAGGCGCACGCUUUCCUGGCGCACCACUUGGACAAGGAUGAAACAGAAGUGCGCUCACGCCUGCGAAAACACCCGGCUGCAUAUCGAGCGGCGCUCCUCAACGUUCGUAAGGCCGUCGACCUUCUGGAGGCAAAUGGGUUCACGAGAGAGCAGAUUUGGGAAGGGCUUCAGGUUGUGCUGUACGACGUAGAACACCUUGCACAUCAGCUGCAGCUGCUUCCCACCCGUGAAGAACUGCAGCCCUUUGAGAUGUGGCGCAGUGAGCCGUGCCUGGCCGAAGUUCUCCUCUACUUCAUAGAACGGGACACACACUUUACUGGCCUCGCCAAGAUGGACGUGCCGCAGACCUCCUCCUCCGGCAUGUCUGCCAGCCAGCAGAAGAUAUUUGACAACCUCUACCUUCACACGAAAGUUUGUAGAAAAGACACGGUGAGGGAGAGCAAGCAAAGGACUAAUGUCAGCUGCUAGCUUCCUGGAAUGCAGACGUCGCGUGUGAAGUCUGCGUGAGGGAGUGAUUGAUUGGUAGUGCCCACGUGUUAAGCCUGACGAGGUGCUUUCUUUAGAUGUAGCUGUUUUGUACUGUUAAUAAGAGUGAUAUAUUCUGUUAUUGUGUGUGUAUGAAUUGUAAAAAUGUAUGUUUACUAACAUGAUGUAGCUCUUGCCUCCAUGAGGCUAUCCUAGCUGA